AUGAAUAAGAUGACUUACUCUAAAUUCGGGUACAAGUCAAAAUCAUAUUCUCAUAAAGAAAAUACAUUUGACACAUAUAUUUUACUUGAUCAUGAAACAAUUACUGCCAAUAACAGCAUUGAUGAUUUAAUUUUUAUCUCAAUACAACCCCAUACAAUUACAGGAUCAGUUAUUAUUGAUAUUACUUGGAGAGAUGACAAUAUUACCACAUAUAAUGCUAAUAUUGGAGAUAAUUUACGAAUUGAUUGCAAGAGUAUAACUAUAACUUAUUACAGUAAAGGUGGUGUUUCAAUUUCUGUAUGGAAUUUACCAAAAACAGUUUGUCCAGAUUAUUCGAUUGUUACAAUGAAUCAGAAAGAGAUCAAAUUAGAUAUUAAUCGAAAUAUAAAUGCAUCAAACAUAUGCUGGUUUGUUAAUUUCAUAUCGAAACCGCAUUUCGUGAUUAAAAAACUUAAUCUUCCAACAGAUACGUCAUUACAUAUAUACAAUUCAACAAAUAAUCCACAGAAUAUCGAUGAUAAAGAAUUUUAUACGACAAACCAAGCUUUAAUUGCUCUUAAUCACAUAUCAAGUAACAUAAGUUUAUUAAUCAACAUAAAAUCAGCCGCAAUUUACGGUGAUUGGACAGAUUCACCACGAAAUUUCUACGAACUCACAAAAAAUGGAAUUAAUUUUAUUCCAACAUUAUCCAGUUCUUAUAUGAUUACAAAUAGAUCUGUUUCACCAUUGAUAUGGAUAGUAUAUGCAUUAAUUGCAUUUGCCAUCUUUGGUGUUACAGUUUAUGUUUUCUUUUUCAAAUCUAUCCAAAAAAUGCAUCGCAAGAUCAGAGUUGUUGAUCUUGCUAAAGAUUUUAAAUUCGAUUAA